CCGGUCAUCGUCAGUCCUUUGUCCCAAACAGGAAGGAAGCAUGCAUACAAAAAGGAUAGCCCUGCAUCCAUGGAGACAGCCCCCCCAUUAUCACGCAUUUGCGCCGACGACCGUACCAUGCCGUCCUCCGACUCUUCAAGCCUUUCGACUUACUCCUGUGAAAAGCUGGAACUUAUCGCUUCAGACGAUUCUUUCUACUCGUGCGACAAGAGUCGUGGCUCUCAUAAGGUCAAGUACCUGCCCGGCGAAAACUGGGAUUACCACUUGGAUGUCCCGCGACCAGUCGAUCUGUCCCUCGUUCUCCCUCAUUACCGCGCACGAAACCAACCUAUCGACUGCCGCCUGAGCAUGUUUGUGGGGAAUGAGUCAGCUCCAAUGAAGCUCAAACUCGUCCGCAGCUGUUAUCGUUCUCGAUUUGAGCUCGAGGUCCGCACAUCGACGUCAGACGUGACCAUCUGGGUUCCCUCCGACUUCAAAGGCAUCGUCCAUUGUCCGAAAUCCACGUCCUUUUCUGCCGGCUUCGUAAAUCGCAUCAUGCGCAACGUCCGUCUCAAUGACAGACAUUCCGGGGAUCUCGUCGAUGAGGACGAAAUCCUCGUCACGACGAAAGGCCACGUCACCUUCCGCAUGUGGGAUGUGCAAACCAACAGCGCGGAGAACCCCUCCAAAGAGGCUCUGCGACGUCUCUUCUGCUGUUCUAGCAAAGCACCCGAAAUAACCACCCACGACUGGGACUUCCUUUUGGAAAACUGAUUUCCGCCGUGCGCUGGCGGAUCUACUCUUCAUCUUUCUUCCGGCCUUCUUGCGUUUUCUUGCGCGCGUCCCAUCGACCCGCCUUCGACCUUGUACACCCUUCGUGCAUCUUUCGUUUCUUGACCCGAUAGCAUCCUUUCGCACCCACUCACACUCUCACUCAACCCACUGUAGCACUACCACAUACGAAUCGUGUUGAUCCCCGACCUAGAGCGUCGCCUGUAGCAUUACCUACCUACCACACCAGUAUUCUUGCUAUAUUUAUAGAUCAAACAUAGUCUUCCGUACGCUCAAGAUACGAAUCUCAUGAAUCAAGUCUAUGAUUACAUUCG